AUGGUUCAUCAGGCCCAUAACAUACCAUGGAAUGUGUUCGUCUCCAAUCUCUCCUGGGGCUCGACCAAAAUCAAAGGCGACAGAAUCAUCAACCUACAUCCUCGUGGCAGAAAAGACCAAGGAAAGGAGCUCACAUAUUUCCUGAGAGCUUUCAUUCGGACCAUCCAGGAGCACACCAAAUCUGAGCGUGCAAAGUAUCCAUCUCACAUAGGCGCAAAAGAACCACAUGAUAUCGUUCUCAAUCCGGCGACAGUUCACAAUAUCACACCUACCGUACGCAGAUGGCGAAGUUACGGGUUCCGGGGGGAUUGUCCAAGCGGUGUUUGCAACACUUUUGCCGAAAAAGAAUGCCGCUGCGUUCCCAUUCCAGAUGAGGAGAGGAGAGCUGCUGCUUUUCUCCGACCGUACGGUCAGCGGAGAUGCUACGUGUUUUUACGAGACAACAAGGAUGCUUUCUUCAACAUUGAGAUUGUAAAGACUCUUAUACUGCAUGGUGAAAUGGAGGCCCUUCUCCAGGCCUGCGCCCUCCCAGGUGUGGAGCUCGCAAAGUGGUGGGAGGAUUCUGAAUGCCAAUGUGAGUACGCCGUUCUUGGAUGGGACCAAGUGUGCAUCAAAGCUUUGAGAGCCUACAUAUGUCUCAACACAAUUGACUCCCUUCCUGAACUGUGGGAUAAGGCAUCUGGAAGCACCGAAGAGACAGACUACCGCCGCAGCAGGUUCUAUCAGUACACAUUGCGAACAUGUACUGGCGAAGAAGACCACAUCUCAGAAGUCACCACAUAUCCGCAUAGAGCGUUUUUUGGCAUCGGUGACAACCAGUUCCGAGGCGAAUAUACUGUCCCUCAAAUCAGACGAUCUCAUUGGCUUCGGUGGGAACCACAACCAAGGCUACUCUAUAUAAAAAUGUAUGAUUGGCCGCGAUCUAACCACUAUGGUAAGGUUCCCAUCGAGGAGUUCCUCACAUUGGAAAAUCCUGCCUAUAUGGGACAUCCGCCGAGUCAGUCCGGCGUCGCGCUUAUCCAAAGCUAUCUUUUUGAGAAAGGAUUACCUGCCGAAUUAGUCCUAAUGGUCAUGGACCUGGCGGAUUAUAAACCGAUCGGACGGUUGAGUGAGCCCCAUGACCCUUUUCAUCCUUCCAAUCGCAUGGAAUUGGAUCAGUACGUCACCUACUGCUGGCAGCUCCUGGUUCGUUGUGAGAUGCUAGCUAGUGCUCUCGAUAUGAGGAUUCCGUGGGAGAAACUUAUUGCAGACUGUCUUGUUGAAUUUUUCGCCAGUGAUCGAGAUGGGCAAGGUCGAUUCUACUGGAAUGCACGAGAUGAAGAAGGUGCGAUCACCCACAGAGUCUUUAUUAAACCUUGA